AUGAGAAACCUUCGACUCCUCAAUCGUGGCCGAAUUGCUCCACAAUCACUCACAUAUCCCGACUUGCCGCUCAUCGAUGCCGUCUUCGAUCCGGUCUUCGAUACCGUUAUCGUGGCGCUCGGCAGCGAAGAAGCGCAGCUCAUCGAGGUCCAACAACUCAUGAAGGAUGGCCUGUCCAUCAUUUUGGCAGCGUUCCCAUCUCUGAGCAUCGCCUUGUUGGCAUUUGCUAACUCUCCGGACGCUGGAGAAUUGUCCUUUGUGUUUGCCAAUGGUGAUAUUGUGAUAGCCAGAUACGACCUAGGCUCUCCCAACUACGAAACUACCACUACUGAGAUCGUUGGUCUGAUUGACUGCGGCAUCAAGGCUGCCGAAUGGGCCUCCGAUGAAGAAACCCUCUCCUUGAUCACAAACGAGAACAAUCUCCUCGUCUUAUCCAAGUCUUUCGAACCGAUCGCCGAGAAGCAAUUGGACCGCAAUGAUUUGGGCCACACCGACAACAAACACGUUUCUGUUGGCUGGGGUAAAGAAGAAACGCAGUUCAAGGGAAAAGGUUUCAUGGAACGUGAGCGCCAGGCCAUCAAGCACGCCGGCCUCGACUUGUCUGAAGAUUCACCACUCAGAGAUCCUACUGUGGCUCAGGUGCAAAAGGGUUCUCUCCUGGAUAAAGAUGAUUACAGCGUGAAAAUCAGCUGGCGUGGUGACUCUGAGUAUUUCGCAGUGUCUACUGUUGAGGAGACUCUAGACACCGGUGAUCUCCGAAGAGUGAUCAGAGUCUUUUCCCGUGAAGGAGUUUUGGACUCCGUUUCUGAGGCUGUAGACGGCUUGGAGCAGAACCUCUCAUGGCGCCCAUCUGGCGCUUUGCUCGCCACCACCCAACGCACCACCGAUGAAGACGGCGAUGAUGUACUUCAGCUUUCGUUCUUCGAAAGAAAUGGUUUGAGACAUGGCGAGUUUAACACUCGUCUCAAUCCAUACGACGAGACAGUGGAACGCAUUGCUUGGUCUUCUAACAGUGAAAUUCUUGCCGUACAGUUACGUAGCAGAGUUCUCUUGUGGACUACCAAGAACUACCACUGGUAUUUAAAACAGGAGCUCCACGUGGAUCUCGACAUACCAAACAACACCAUUUCCUUCAUCAAGUUCCAUCCAGAGAAGCCGUUGCAACUCAUGGUAGGUACUUCCCUCGGCGGCAUGUUGAUGUACAACUUUGCAGCUAGCAUCGCUUCCGGUCCAACAGUUGUCGGAUCUGAUAUUGGAAUGACUGCAGUUGUAGACGGGACUGAUCUUAAAAUUACACCACUCGCUGUCGCUAACGUUCCGCCUCCAAUGGCUUACGCAGAAUACACCCUAGAGUCUCCGAUGUUGGAUGUUUCGGUUUCUCAAUCAAACACUUCAUUCGUUGGUUUGCUCAGUAACUACAAUGUCCAGAUCUUGACAACUUCCCUUGAAAAUUUGCAAGAGAACUUGGAGCCAAAAACAUCAACAAUCGAGAAAUUCCAGUUUGCUUCAGAUUCCGACUUGGUCAAACAAGUUUGUUUUAUUGGAAACAAUUGCGUUGCGAUUCUUAUUGAUACCACACAAGCUUCUACUGUUGUUUUAUUCGACAUCACAGAUCUCUCAAUGCCCUCAGCAAUUUGUGAGCUCGAAAGAAGAGCAGUGUUACUCAAGAGUCGCUCUGAUUUUGAGUCAGCCAUUGUGCAAUACAUCGAUGGAUCUGUAGUCGAGAUUUCCUCUUCUGGAUCUACUACACUUGUAUCUAAAUUGCCAACACUUUGCGUGGACAUUGAGGUUUCGUCAUUGCAAUCAGAGAGUACUGAAUUGAAGGCUUUUGGUCUUUCGAGCAGCGGCAAACUAUACUGUGGAGAAGAGCAGCUCACCACUGGUGUCACUUCGUUCAAGGUCACAGAAAACCUCCUUGCAUUCACCAACUCCCACGCGCAGCUAUUAUUCAUCCAUUUAAGUGCUGCUUGCAAUGCUUCAAGCUUCCAGUUUGUUCAGACUGCAAACACAAGCUUGGAUGAACGUGUCAGACAAAUUGAACGAGGAUCCGUGCUUGUUCUGUGUAUUCCUUCUAAGCACUCGGUCAUUUUGCAAGCACCAAGAGGCAAUUUAGAAACAAUUUGCCCUCGUAUCAUGGUUCUUACAGGAGUGAGGAAGUUCCUUGAAAAUCAAGAGUAUCUCAAGGCGUUUAUUGCCUGCCGCACACACAGAAUCGACUUGGACAUCUUGUAUGAUUAUGACCAGACAGCAUUUGAACACAAUGCGGAGAAGUUUGUGCAACAAAUCAACCGUGUUGAUUACUUGGACUUGUUCGUGUCCUGUUUACAUCAAGAAGACGUGACUGAGACGAAAUAUCGGGAUACUCUUCUCAAUGCUGACUCGCUUGAAACCAAAAUGAACGAGAUCACUUUAGAAGAAAACCAGGUUUCGAGCAGCAGAAAGAUGAUCAUUAACAAAGAGACAGAAACAUCAUCUUCGAAGAUCAACAAAGUAUGUCAAAUUGUUUUGGAUAUCUUAGCCAAGCCCCAAUUCGAGGACAAGUUUUUGCAAACGAGAGUGACUGCGUUUGCUUGUCAAGCACCUGCUAAUUUAAAAGGCGCUUUGUCGCUUAUCAGUUCUCUCGGAGAGACAGACCUUCAAGAUUCCAUGAUUACCCACCUCUGCUUUUUGCUGGAUGUGAACAAGCUUUACAACCAUGCUCUAGAAUUAUACGACAUUAAAAUGGCUCUCAACAUCGCACAAAAGUCUCAGAAGGAUCCAAAAGAGUAUCUUCCAUUCUUGCAGAACUUGCAUGUACAAGAGCCCUUACAAAAGCAAUUUUUGGUUGACGAUUACUUGAAAAACUAUACGAAGGCUUUGCAAUGGCUAGCUGACAUGGGUGCGGAUGCAAAUGAUCGUUUCUACGCUUACAUUGUCGAGCACAGCCUUUACAAGAAUGCAUUGCUCAUCUGUAAGUAUGAUGAAGAGAAGACUAGGAAAGUGUAUGACUUGUACGCUGACUAUCUUUUCGAUGCGAAGAACUAUGUCGAGGCAGGCCUUCUAUACGAGCUUCUCUGCAAACACGAGAGUGCUUUGGAGAGUUUUGUGCUUUGCAAACGUUGGAAGGAAGCCCUCUCGAUCGUCUACAACAUAAAGGACAACGAUAUCCUAAUGGAGACCGCCACAAAAUUGGCAACUGCUCUCACUGAUGACCACCAGUACUCUCUGGCUGCCGAGAUUACCAUGCGCAUUCUAGGGAAUGUUGAAGAGUCUGUUUUACUCUACUGUAAAGGCUACAAAUUUGACAGUGCAAUCUACUUGGCCACUGAGCAAAAUCGUCAAGAGCUUCUAGACGAGGUCGUUGAUGUGCAACUAGGAGAAGGUUUCGGCACGAUCGCGGAGUUGAUUGCUGACUGUACCAGUCAAUCCAACUCACAAUUGAACCGUUUGCGUGAGUUGCGUCUGAAGAAAGAAACCGACCCUUAUGCAUUUUACGGAACUCUGCAUGAUGAUUUAGACACACCAGAUAAUGUCUCGGUAGCUGCUUCAGAGACGUCAACGACACCUUCCUUUUUCACGAAGUAUACUGGAAAGACUGCUGGCACGGCGAAAACCGGCGCAUCACGUAGAACAUCCAAAAACCGGAAAAGAGAGGAGCGGAAGCGUGCUAAAGGAAGAAAGGGAACGGUGUAUGAGGAGGAAUAUCUUAUCAAAUCCAUUGGCCGUUUGAUCGAGCGUUUGGACCAGACUGAAACAGACGCUCUUUCGUUGAUCGAGGGGUUGAUCAGAAGACAGAAGAUCCAUCAAGCUUACCAAAUCCAGCAAAACUGGGGAACACUCACAGCUUUCUUGAAGGAGCACAUCACCGAGAUCCACAACAUGAGCGAGCGAGACAGGGAAAGAAUCGAUGACGACGGCAACGUGUAUUUCAUUGAUGAGAUUCCUAUCCCUACCAUUAAGGAGCUCAAAAAGACGGAGAUAUUGGACUUCUAA